AUGACAGCCAUGAAGCAGGAGCAGCAACCCACUCCAGGGGCCAGGGCAAGCCAGGCUCAGCCGGCUGACCAGGAACUGGGAAGUAACAGCCCCCCACAGAGAAACUGGAAGGGAAUUGCCAUCGCCCUGCUGGUGAUCUUGGUAGUGUGCUCACUCAUCACCAUGUCUGUCAUACUGCUAACACCAGAUGAGUUAACAAAUUCUUCAGAAACAAGAUUGUCAUUAGAGGAGCUUUUGGGGAAAGGAUUUGGACUUCAUAAUCCAGAAGCUCGGUGGAUCAAUGAUACAGAUGUGGUAUAUAAAACCGACAAUGGACACGUUAUUAAACUGAAUACAGAAACAAAUGCUACCACAUUGUUAUUGGAAAACACAACUUUUGUAACUUUUAAAGCAUCCAGACACUCAGUUUCCCCAGAUUUAAAGUAUGUUCUUCUGGCAUAUGACGUCAAGCAGAUUUUUCAUUACUCAUUUACCGCUUCAUAUUUGAUUUACAACAUACACACUGGGGAAGUGUGGGAGUUGAAUCCUCCUGAAGUCGAGGACUCAGUGUUGCAGUAUGCGGCCUGGGGUGUGCAAGGACAGCAGCUGAUUUAUAUUUUUGAAAACAAUAUCUACUAUCAACCUGAUAUCAAGAGCAGUUCUUUACGACUGACAUCUUCAGGAAAAGAAGGAAUUGUUUUUAAUGGUAUUGCUGACUGGUUAUAUGAAGAGGAACUCCUGAAUUCUCACAUCGCCCACUGGUGGUCGCCUGAUGGAGAGAGACUUGCCUUCCUGAUGAUAAAUGACUCCUUGGUGCCUAAUAUGGUUAUUCCUCGGUUUACUGGAACACUGUACCCCAAAGCAAAGCAGUACCCAUACCCCAAGGCAGGUCAAGUGAACCCAACAGUGAAAUUAUAUGUUGUAAACCUGUAUGGACCAACUCAUACUUUGGAGCUGAUGCCGCCCGACAUUUUUAAAUCAAGAGAAUAUUAUAUCACCAUGGUUAAAUGGGUGAGCAACACCAGGACAGUGGUCAGGUGGUUGAAUCGGCCUCAGAACAUCUCCAUCCUCACGGUCUGUGAGUCUACCACCGGGGCAUGCAGUAGGAAAUAUGAGAUGACGUCCGACACCUGGCUCUCUAAACAGAACGAGGAGCCUGUGUUUUCCAGAGAUGGAAGCAAGUUCUUCAUGACUGUUCCUGUCAAACAAGGUGGCCGAGGAGAAUUCCACCACAUAGCUAUGUUUCUGGUCCAGAGCAAAAAUGAGCAAAUUACAGUGCGGCAUCUGACAUCAGGAAACUGGGAAGUGAUACGGAUCUUGGCCUAUGAUGAAACAACUCAAAAAAUUUACUUUGUGAGCACAGAGUUUUCUCCCCGAGGGAGGCAGCUGUACAGUGCUUCUACCGAGGGACCGUUGAAUCGUGAUUGCAUCUCAUGCAACUUUAUGAAAGAUGAUUGCACAUAUUUUGAUGCCAGCUUCAGUCCCAUGAACCAACAUUUCUUGUUAUUCUGUGAAGGUCCAAGGGUCCCAGUGGUCAGUCUCCACAGUACAGACAACCCAUCAAAAUAUUUCAUCUUGGAAAGCAACUCUCUGAUGAAAGAAACUAUCCAGAAGAAGAAGCUCGCCAAGUCAGAAAUCAGAAUCCUUCAUGUAGAUGACUAUGAACUUCCUUUACAGUUGUCCUUUCCCAAAGAUUUUGUGGAGAAAAACCAGUAUGCUCUUCUUUUAAUAAUGGAUGAAGAACCAGGAGGCCAGAUGGUGACAGAUAAGUUCCAUGUUGACUGGGAUUCCGUUCUUAUUGACACUGAUAAUGUCAUUGUAGCAAGAUUUGAUGGCAGAGGAAGUGGAUUCCAGGGCCUGAAAGUUUUGCAGGAGAUUCACAGAAGGAUAGGGUCGGUAGACGCAAAGGACCAAGUAGCAGCUGUAAAAUAUUUGUUGAAACUGCCAUAUAUUGACUCCAAAAGAUUAAGCAUUUUUGGAAAGGGGUACGGGGGCUAUAUUGCAGCAAUGAUCUUAAAGUCAGAUGAGAAGCUUUUCAAAUGUGGAGCCAUGGUUGCACCCAUCUCAGACAUGAGGUUGUAUGCUUCAGCUUUCUCUGAGCGUUACCUUGGUAUGCCAUCAAAGGAAGAAAGCACUUACCAGGCCUCCAGUGUACUGCAUAACAUUCAUGGUCUAAAAGAAGAAAAUAUAUUAAUAAUUCACGGAACUGCUGAUACAAAAGUUCAUUUCCAACAUUCAGCAGAAUUGAUCAAGCAUCUGAUAAAAGCUGGGGUGAAUUAUACUCUGCAGGUCUAUCCAGAUGAAGGAUAUCAUGUUUCCGAUAAGAGCAAGCAUCAUUUCUACAGCACAAUCCUCAGAUUUUUCAGUGAUUGUCUAAAGGAAGAAAUAUCUGUGCUGCCUCCAGAACCAGAAGAAGAUGAAUAACAGACCCUGCUAGACAGUGCUGAAGGGGUUAUGAAGGCUCAAUGAAACCGAACCAAGGGACUGUCAUGUUGUAGAUGCUCCAGAAUUCCAAGGACAGCUUGAGGAGAUGAAACUGGAACAGCACACUCAGAAAGUGAACUAGAACUUGCAGGCAGACAUCCUCAUCUACUGUGCUGCCAAGGGUGCAGAAGGUGUUUCAUUGUAAUGGGAAGUUUCAAGGGUUGGUUUCCUGGGAAAAAAAUUAGUUUCACAUUAAAGUAGGAAUAGUGCAUGUUUCCUUCUGUUAUCCCCUUUUGUUCUGUGACUAGAUACCCUCACUUUGAUUUCAAUGGCCACAAUCACCUUUGCAUAAAGUGCAUAACAUAC